AUGUUCCAUUCGACAUGGGGACUCAUAGGUCUUGGAAUACGUUUCGCACAAGAAAUGGGAGUACACCGAAAGCAAAAAGGGCGACCGAUGACUGUUCAGAGUGAACUCUGGAGGCGUGCAUUCUGGGUACUUCUCGGGCUUGAUGUGUUGGUGAGCAUAAACUUUGGCCGACCUCGGGCAACUACAGAUGAUGACUUUGACUUAGAACCGCCGAUUGAAUGUGACGAUGAAUACUGGGAAAAUGAAAAUCCAGCUCAAGCCUUCGUUCAACCUCCAGGCGUUCCAUCCACGACAUCGUUCUUUAUCUGCUAUGCAAAACUCCUAGAGAUUGCGGGUUUGGGGCAUCGUAUGCUAUUUUCAGCAAGGAAGCUGCACAUUUGGAAGAAAAUUGUCGCCUGUGGCUCUAAUUGGGACCAUAAAGUCGUAACAGAGCUCAACUCAGCGCUGAACCAAUGGAUGUCAUGUAUACCAGAACAUUUGAAAUGGGAUCCUAAUAGAGAAGAUGGGUUAUUUCACCGUCAAUCCUGUAUACUCUAUUGUUUCUAUUAUUGGACACAAAUUCAGAUUCACAAACAAUUCAUCCCCCGAUCCAAUGAACCAUCGAUGCUGAAGUUCCCCUCGCUCGCGAUAUGUGCCAAUGCAAGCCGAAGCGUGAUUAGAGUUCUUGAAGUCAUUGAAAGGCUCAACUUUGAAAUUCUCCCCAAUUUUACAUCCCCCGUAUACGUCGCAGCGAUUGUGCUCUUGAUGAAUGUAUGGAGAAAUAAAUAUUCUCUCAUUCCCCAAGAUACAUGCAAAGAUAUGGAUGAUGUACGCCACUCCUUGAAGGCUACUGCCAAUUACGAGAAGAAGUGA